GUUUGAAAUAUUAUCGCGGACAAUGCAAAGAAAACUCCGUACUUUGCUCUUUUGUCGCGCCGGUAAAAACCAGAGCAUGUUUUACUUUUAACCCAAAGAAGUCACACCUUGGAGGUUUGGACUUUUCGGCUGUCUCGGGAUGCAAGGAUCAGCCAGACCACUGCCAAACAUGUGAAGUUCUUAUCUUUCUGGACUUGUCAGUUGGACCACAAGAAAACUACGUGGAUCUAUCUGGAGUCUUUCAAGAGGGAUGUCCUAAAUAACGUUAAAAGUUGAAGUCUAUGUGUUUGAUAUAUUCACUCACAGCAGACAAAGUGAUCACAUACUGUGCUGCCGUGAAACCCUCGGCACCAUAAAAACAAUCCAGUCCUCUUGUCAUGUGGGUACAUUACCGAAAAAGCCCCACACUACCCUCACUGGUGUCACCUUGUUUCACAUCGCCAUGGACCGGAACAAACGCAACUCUAUUGCUGGGUUCCCUACACGAUCCGAACGCCUCAGUGAUGACAGAGAUGGUACUGGCGGGGUAGGAAGCUGUGAGAUGGGCCCACCUUCCCAGGUGGGCAGAGUGUGUCCGUCCUCCUACAGAGCCCUCAUCAGUGCCUUCUCCUGUCUGACCCGUCUUGAUGACUUCACUUGUGAGUGGAUCGGCUCUGGAUUUUUCUCUGAAGUUUUCAAGGUACAUCAUCGAGCUACAGACCAGGUUAUGGCUUUGAAGAUGAACAAACUCAGCAGCAACAGAGCAAACAUGUUGAGAGAAGUUCAACUAAUGAACCGCCUCUGUCAUCAAAACAUCCUCAGGUUUAAGGGUGUGUGUGUCCAUGAGGGCCAGCUUCACGCUUUGACGGAGUACAUCAAUGGUGGAAACCUGGAGCAGCUACUGGACAGCAACAAGCACCUGAACUGGCCCACCAGGGUGAAACUCGCCUGUGAUAUUGCCAGCGGUGUCACCUACUUGCACUCGAAGGGCAUAUUCCACCGGGACCUCACCUCCAAGAACUGCUUGAUCAAAUGUGACGACAACAGCUACACAGCAGUGGUGGGAGACUUCGGCCUGGCAGAAAAGAUCCCUAACAAUCUCGCUGAAGGAGAGAAGCUUUCAGUGGUUGGCUCUCCUUUCUGGAUGGCCCCAGAGGUGCUGAGGGACGAACCCUACAACGAGAAGGCCGACGUGUUCUCCUAUGGAAUAAUCCUGUGUGAAAUCAUCGCGAGGAUCCAGGCUGACCCCGACUUCCUGCCUCGCACAGAGAACUUUGGCCUGGACUAUCACACGUUCCAGCACAUGGUUGGAGACUGUCCGCCCGACUUCCUUCAGCUGGCCUUUAACUGCUGCAAUAUGGAUCCUAAACUCCGUCCAUCCUUCUCAGACAUCGUCAGGCACCUGGAGGAGAUUCUUGCUUGCCUUAAAGUCAAAGAGAUGGCCCACGAGUGUCUUCAGCUCAGUGGGGAAAAUGAAAAGAAAACCAUUUCCAAAGGUGAGAAGAUCCAGGGCUUCAAGCGACUGAAUCCUCUUGGCUUCCAAAAUGAUAAGAUCCCUCCCAAAUCCCCCCGGCCCAGACGAAACAUCUGGCUCAGCCGAAGCCAAUCAGACAUCUUCUCCUGUAAGCCGGGAAGAAAGGUCAACGUCCAGGACCCUUACUACAACCCCCCCACCUCACACAGAUCCCCCAAAGCUCGCAAGAUCAACCCCUUCACUGCUCGAGAGGACUUGUGCGGAGGGAAGAUCAAGUUUUUUGAUGUGCCUAGCAAGUCGGUGUUCUCGCUGGUGUUUGACCUGCACUCGCCUCCAGGCACGGCGUUCAGUAACCAUCCGUCUGCUCAGGGACCCGGAGCAUCCCAGCAGGAAGCCUCUUAUUACUGGCAGCAGCUGCCAGGAAGACAGUGCCACUCCUUGCCCGUGUCCCCACAACUGCCCCGCUCGGAGGUUUUCCACCUCGCGGCUGCUGUCGGCGCCAACAAUAACGGGUCUGUUACCUGUAACUCCACGACUCUUCCAGCCUCUAACUUCAAGCUGGACGUAGGACAGAUAGCAAAUGAGGUCCGGCAGAAGGCAGUGUUGAGCGGCUGGGCCAAGAAAUACGUCGUGGUCGAGAUCCCACCUUACUGCAGGCAGAGAGGAGGGGGCAGCGAUGGAGAGGCGGCGCGGAGGAAGGACGGGAACGAGGAGGAUUUGAGCGGGGAGAGCUGCUCUUCCAUAAUCACCAGGCGUGAGACGGACGGCGGAGAGGCAAUGGACUGCUCCAGCAGCCAAGAGGAUGAGGAGGAACGAGGAAGAGGGACAGAUGCAUGCCCCAUGUAAAGCAGACAGACCAAGAGGAGAGCUUGUGGCGGUUUAGGACUGAAGAGGAGGACUGAUGGGAGCCGUGGAAGACCGGUAAAGGAACGACUAAAAGAAAAAAAAGCACUUGAUUUUUUUUUCCUACCUUUUUGAAUGUAUCAAAUGAUGAAUAAAUAAACAAACCACUUAUUUAGAUGAAUAACUAUUUUUCAAAGCUCUCACCCAGGUGUGUCAGUCCCCAAUUAGUACGAAAAGCUUCUAUUCAUACUCUGCUGAAAGAUUAUUUUUCUGAGAAAGUUUAUAUUUAAUAUUAAGAGGUGUAGAUUUUUUUCUCUUCAAAGCUUUUAGUCACUGUCUCGUCUUUCACCAGGGAUGGUUAAGGUUCCUUGUGCUGUGUGAAUAUGUGUGUUUUUGAUGUUUUUUUCUGUGUUCACUGUGAGACGAAUGAUGAUACUGAAUCAAAAAACAAACACCGUGUUUUUGGUUAACAGGAGAGUACACUGGCAUUCGUGAGAAAUAAAUCUGGAACGACUGUAAUUUGAGAAAAUGCUCCCAAAGCGAACGUUUCAGCUUCUACUGCAUUCACAGGCAGCUUUGUCCACCACCAGGUACCAGUAGAUCCAGGGAGGAGAUGCUUGUGGUCUUUGUUGAGUUCGUCUCAAGUGUUUCAAGGCUUUUUGCUUAAUUAUAUAAAAAGAAAUGAAGUUUGAAGACAGAUAGGUGAUCUCAUAUGAGCACUGGCACCAUUUAUUUAAAAAAAAAAAAAAAAAAAAAAGGAGACCGACAACAACUGGACUCAAAUUGAACUCUCAAAGUUGCUGUUUCAUGGCCUGGCCAGCAGUUAUCGUUUCACUUCUCGGCCAUUUCCACCGGGACAGACUGCCCCGAACACAGUUGCUCAUAGCACCUUGAAUCAACUUCCAAACGAACAACAGUCCUUCACUGGCGCUCCUACUCUACGUCAUCGUUGAUACGAGUCCGGCGGUCGCUCUGCCUGCGUCACGUUUUGUUUCUCUGAUUGGUUUCAUGACUAUCACAUGGUGUCCAGAAGCAGUUUCUUCUUCUAAUUCUCCUGCUAAUUCCCUCCAGAGGAAAAGGACUGAGAUGUAAGGCCAGGCCCACUGGCGAAAUCCCAACUUUCAAGUUUCAUGUGUCCGAGUUUUCAGACUCAUCCGCCUUCUUGCAACUGUGUUGUAACUUUAUGGCGAAAAUACAAAAUAAAGCUGCAGAGUGCAGCUCCAACAGGACAAAACAAACACAAUUUAGGUCUCUUCUGGCUGAUGUUUAACCUGCAGAAGCUGGUGUUUCCUUACUUUCCAUUCCAGAUGUCCAGUUUCUCUGCUCCGUGAGAAGAAUAAACAUUGUGAAAAAGCAUUUAAGCAGAACCAAAAUUGGCCAAUCAUGAUCAUUGUCUAAUCGCCGAGUUGUGUAGAGUCAUUUAUAGCAGGGUCUUCCCUGGAAACGCCUCCGUACGCGGUAGCUGCUAAUAUGUGGCCUCCAUCCAAACUCUGAAUGUCUAAGAUGGACGUCGGCAUAAUUUUCUUUUGUUGGUUUGUUUGCGACGUAUAAAAAGCUUUGUAAAUGUGUAUUGGAACAGUGUUCAGUGAACAGACUAAAUGACUUACGAAACCCUUUUCCUGCUGAGUCACGUUAUUCUUCAGCACUUCCUUUUCUGUGGCUUUUACAACCGGCUCAGAUCUCAGCCCGGUUACUUCAGUAGGAACUCAGACGCACUUGUACAUGGACUCACGGCACUCAUCACUACUUCUAUGCAACUUAUAUCCCACAGUUUCACAGGAUAAAAGGAUCUGAUUUGAUAUUUAUGAAAAACCAUGUAAUGUCUUACUUUUUGUAAAUUUGUGUACAAAGUUUGUGUUUCUUUCCUUGUUGAAUACAGAUUGAGAUGUUUUGUUUUUUUUCCCCUGAUCAAAUAACAAAGUUUCUCUUGAGUUUUCUGUUUUUAUUUAAAAUUAGCAGCGUGCUGGUAUCUCUGCCAUCGAUGUGUAUCAGCAUCAAGACACAAAGCGGUUGAAACAUUAAAAUGAUCCUGUAUGGUUAACAUCUUUUGAACCACAUUUCAGUCGAGGAUUUCCGUACUUUUGUUUGUUGGACCUGAAGUCAAAAAGGAAAGCUCAAUGAAGCAAAAGUGGAGAAAAGAUACAGCAAAAACAAGCUGUACGGCAUCAAAAUCUGAUUA